AAGCAUUGCCGAUGACGCACUAAGUACGUGAUUCAGGACUUACCGAAGAAUCCGGAUUAAAUAAAAGCAUAUAUAGUGAAUGAAGACAGACAUUUGAAGACGAUAACGUGAUUUAGUUUACAAAAUGUUUUGUACAAGAGCGGUCUUUAUCACUGUCUGUAUCGAGAUCCUGUACGCCAAUUACUAUGAACCUCGAAAAGCUGGUGAUGACAUCAUGGAUGAUAUCUAUAAUAUUGCCCACAGUUUAAUGACCGCGUCAACUGCUGACCAGAAGCACAAGUCAAAUGACAUAAAUCGUCUAAGAUCUUUUGUCAUGGGUGAAGCGAAAACUAUCCCCACGAAUGCCAACCUGCUUGCUGAUCACGUGCAGACAGCGUCAGUAACAGACGACAAACGUUCCAUGGAAGCAGACGUUGAGCUCACGGACAUCAACAUCCGGGUUCUGAAGAAACGCUGGAGUCGCAUGAUGUUCGCCUGUCACUGUACCGGAUUCCAUGUAGGUUGCCACAGCAACAGUUACUGUUCCCGACGCUACGGCCACGACUUUAAGUGUCGUCGUCAUUGUUGUGGUACAUCAUGCAAGCUGCAUUAGACGAGGCCCGUUAUAAUCCCACCCACUGCUCAUUAAACUUAAG